CUCCUUCAUACAAUCUCUCAAGAUGGAUACCCUCGUCGCGCGAUACAGCCAGCCGAUGUUCGAGAAGGAAUACUCAGAGGAGGAUCAGCUCGAGCUCUGCCAACCUACACCAAGCUUGUCCCUCAAGUUUGCCAUGCCACCUAUCGCUCAACCUUCAGCCUGGCUUCGUGCAGCAACAGAUGAUCAUGCCAACCCUAACUGCCCCAUCAAGAUCGCACACGGUACUACAACAUUAGCAUUCAGAUUCCAGGGAGGUAUCAUCGUCGCGACGGAUUCGAGAGCUACGGCAGGAAACUGGAUCGCGAGUCAGACCGUGAAGAAGGUCAUUGAGAUCAACAACUGUUUAUUGGGAACAAUGGCCGGUGGUGCUGCUGACUGUCAAUACUGGCUUGCGUACCUCGGAAUGCAAUGCAGACUCCACGAGCUUCGCCACAAGCGUCGUAUCUCGGUAGCAGCAGCAUCGAAAAUCCUCGCAAAUUUGGUAUAUUCAUACAAGGGAAUGGGUUUGUCGAUGGGAACGAUGUGUGCUGGUGUCACCCCCCAAGAAGGUCCUGCUCUCUACUACAUUGAUUCGGACGGUACGAGACUCAGCGGAAACCUUUUCUGUGUUGGAUCCGGUCAGACCUUCGCAUACGGUGUCCUAGAUGCCGAAUACCGCUAUGAUUUGACUGAAAAGGAGGCGUUGGAGUUGGGAAGCCGGAGUAUUUUGGCUGCUACUCACAGAGACGCUUACUCCGGUGGUUUCAUCAACCUGUACCAUGUGAAGGAAGACGGAUGGGUCAAGCAUGGCUUCAGCGAUACGAACCCAAUUUUCUGGAAGACAAAGUUGGAGAAGGGCGAGUUCUCGAACGUGACGAGCGAACUGGUAUAAUAUGGCAUAGAAUGGAUAAGAUUUCUUUGAAUGUCUCAAUAGCAAGCAUGGAGGCGCGACGGAAUGGCAUGGAGGCUGCGGCCGUUGUAUACUACUGCUUCACUUCACGAGUGGUAUUAGCUAUGAAGACCUUCGAACUGCAGUUCCCGGAGUUGCAGUGAAAUUGUGGUCCCUGAAGCCCGGGAGGUGUCCUUCGAUUGCAUUUUCCUAUUUGCCGAUUUAUCAUUGCUUUGCUGAGAGGGAAAACAGGAUUUUGAAGUGCUCGUCGCACUUUAUUCGAGUAACACAGGAGUCUCUUCGUCUUUGCAGACCUCUCCCAACGCUCCAGAAAUUUCUUCGCCUCAUUUGCCAUCCGAUCCUCCACCAGCAUCUCGUUUGGCAUUGGGAUCUCAUGCUUUACAUAUGUCGACUCCAAUUCUUCGACUUGAUAGCCCUUCCACGCAUUCUUCUCUGCAUAGAUCUCCAAACCUUUCAAGGCC